UGUCCUCCUGCUUGUUUUCCAUUUCGAAUUCGAAGCAAUCAGUGAGAGGAAAGGGAUGGCCGGAGGUAACCCUCUCAAGGCCCCAUCCAACAAGCCAUCAUCUUCUUCCUCCUCUUCUCACCACCGCAAAUCUCAUCGGGAAUCCGGCAAUAACCUUGAAAACGCCGCACAAAAACCCUCCCCUUCAAAACCACCGACUAACUCCAAACCCUCCCCUUCUUCCAAACACAAACCAUCCCCAAAACUCAAUCCGAACCCUAAUCCUAACCCCUCGCCUCGCCCCAGACCCGAAAACGUGGGACCACCGCCACCUCCGGCAUAUGGUUUUCACAUGCUAGAUCGUAGAACAAUCGUUCUUGCUGAUGGUAGUGUUCGAUCCUACUUUGCUUUGCCACUGGAUUAUCAAGAUUUUACCCCGCCGCUGCCUAGACCACCGAUGCGGCCUCAGGGUCCGGAGUCAUGGUUAGGGUUUGAUCGACAAUUUCCUCAUGGACCUCCGAUCCCGGGAGGGGAUGAUCGUUAUCGACAACAGAACCAGGAUUAUUGGAAUUCUCUUGGGCUUGAAGGAUCUCGAAAGAGGAAGUAUGGUGAUGAGAGAGAUGGGGGAGAAAUUAACGAUGAGUUUGCAAGACAAAGGCAACAACUCUUGCAGUAUGGAAAUAAUUCGAAUGGAUCCUAUAUGGCGGGUCCAAGUAGCCUUGUUCAUUUGGAUGAAAUGAGGGCGGCCAAGUAUAUGAGACCUGAAGGGGGGUAUGGGAGUGUGCAGGUUAGGCAUAAUGAGAUUGAUCAAGCAAAGUUUAAAAGGGCAUUUUUGAAUUUUAUCAGGUCGAUAAACGAGAAUGCCAGCCAGAAGAAGAAAUACUUAGCAGAUGGUAAACAGGGUUCUCUUCAGUGUCUUGCAUGCGACAGGUCCUCCAAAGAUUUUCCAGAUAUGCAUAGCCUUAUCAUGCACACAUACAACCCAGAAAAAGCAACUUCUGACCAUGUUCCUGAUCAUUUGGGUUUGCACAAAGCGUUGUGCAUUUUGAUGGGCUGGAACUAUUUGAUGCCUCCUGAUAACUCAAAGGCAUAUCAGCUAUUAUCUGCCGAAGAAGCUGCUGCAGAUCGGGAUGAUUUAAUAAUGUGGCCGCCUCAUGUGAUCAUACAAAACACCAUUACAGGAAAGGGUAGAGAUGGACGUAUGGAGGGUUUAGGCAACAAAGCAAUGGACAUGAAGCUUAGAGACUUUGGAUUCAGCAGUGGCAAGUCGAAGUCAAUGUAUGGGAGAGAAGGGCACAUGGGCACAAGUGUUGUCAAAUUUGCUGGUGACCAAUCUGGUCUUAGGGAUGCCAUGAGACUUGCAGAUUUCUUCGAGAAACAGAAGCAUGGGCGCGUAUCCUGGGCGUCUGUGCAAUCGUUGUUCAGGCCAGGGAAAGACGACGAGAAAGAUCCCAACCUUGUGAAGUUGGAUAAGAAGAGUGGGCAGAAAGAGAGAAUCUUGUAUGGGUAUCUAGGAACUGUGUUUGAUAUGGAGAGCGUGGAUUUUGAUACUAGGAAAAAGGUGACGAUCGAGAGCAAGAGAGAAAGAGCUCAGGCCCAACCAAAUUGAUGAUGAAGGUACCAUGAUCAUCAUGUUGUUUUGUUGGAUAGAAACUAACAUGUGCACCAAGGUUUGGAUAGGAACUAACUGUAGAUGUUGUCUUUGGAUAUGUAGAAUGAGAUUUCAUUUGUUGGGUGUUAUUUUGAUAUGAUGGUGUACACGUUUGGUGGCAGUUUAUGUGCAUGUAGUAAGUAGUAGGUAUGGGAUCUUUCUAUAUCCAAGAUGUUUCUGGUGAUAUGAUUAUUUGAUUAUGGUGCAACUACUCCUCUCCUUCUGAAA